AUGGUAGGUGCAGAGUGUGGUGACGGGAAAUUCCCAGGAGCCCAUGGGCUCUGGAAGGCCUCCAGCUCCAGGAUGGAGAAGCAGGUGCUUGGAGGCAACACUCCUGACCCCAGGAUGGCCCCUGAGGCUGCUGAGGUGGAAAACACCAGAUCUGACCCCUCUGCUCCUGGGUGCCUUCUCCGUGCUGGCUGGGGCCUGGACUGCAUCCAGCACAUGGGGCUGGGUGGGGAAGGACAGCCAUUGUGGUUAGGGUCACCCUCUAACUGGGGGACCCCUAUCCAGUGGGUCAAAACAUCGAGGACUGACCACCUGGCCUUUUGCUGGGUCUCCUCUUCCUCCGGCCACAACCACUUCUGA